CUAGUCUAAAGUUUGAAGCUUCUUGAUAUCAAUGAUUAUAGCCCCGUCCCAAACACUUGCAAAGAAAGAUACAUACAAGCAAGCCUUGCUCCCCAAUUCUUUUCUAUCGAGAUUGCCAUACAAGUAAUUUUCACUUCUUGACCCCUGCCAACCUACAUUUCGCAACCAUGAGCCAUCGAUUGAGUAUGGAGAUCAGCACUUCGCCUAAAGUUGGAAGCGACACAGCUUCCAUCAAGAGCCGUGCUGUAUCUGUGGGAAGUCGAGCUAUCUCUACCACUUCAAAGAGACGCACAACAGCAUCUAUUCUUCGACUCGGCACUGCUCCUCCCUCUGUUAUAGACAGCAUCCCACCAAGACCUCAACGUCGCUUCAAGAGUGCUCGCCUCAUUGGAGAAUAUGAGAAACCAUGGAAAGAGACUCCUAUCAGACGACGAAAGUGGGAUUAUUACAUCUUUUGGGGAGGGUGCGCACUUGGGUUGGUGGCAGGAGCAUUCAUGUGCUAUCUCGCUUGGAGUGGAGUGCCGAAUAAUCAGUACUGUCUCAUACUCGACGAUGACUUCAAAACUAUUAAUUCGGAUGUGUGGACUCAUGAGAUCCAACGUGGGGGCUAUGGCACGGGAUCCUUCGACUGGACAACCUCUGACCCAAAAAAUUCCUUCACCGAUGCUGAAGGUCUACACAUUGUCCCAACCCUCACCACCGAGUCAACUGACAUCACUCCCGCCCAAAUACUUGACAACUACGUCCUGAAUCUCACGACGUCUGGGGAGUGCACAUCACCAGAUGGAGGAAACUCAUGCUCCAUUCGAAGCAACAAGACUUCCGGAGACAUAAUCAAUCCCGUUCGCAGUGCUCGGCUCACCACGCGCGGCAAGAAGACGUUGACUUAUGGUAGGGUCGAAGUUGUCGCUAAGAUGCCUGUAGGUGACUGGCUGUGGCCGGCCAUCUGGAUGAUGCCAGAAGACAGUGUGUAUGGUAUCUGGCCCCAAAGCGGCGAGAUCGACAUCGCAGAGAGCCGAGGCAACUCAGGCGAUAGCUUCCCCGACGGAAGGGACAGCAUCGGCUCGGCACUCCACUGGGGUCCAAUCGCUGAAGCAGAUGCAUUCUGGAAGACUCAAGGAAAGCACAACAUCAGGCGCGCCGACUACAGCCAAGGUUUCCGAACUUAUGGCCUUGAGUGGAGUGAAAAGUAUCUCUUCACAUACAUUGACAGUCGCCUCUUGCAAGUCUUCUUCAUCAAUUUCCAGAACAGGCCCAGCAUGUGGGAUAGAGGCGACUUCGGCCAAAAGAUUGUCAACAAGAGUGCGCUACACGACCCAUGGAGCCAGACUGGCCAACGGAACACUCCGUUCGACCAGGCUUUCUACCUUAUCCUCAAUGUUGCUGUUGGAGGCACCAAUGGGUACUUUAGGGACGGAGUUGACAACAAACCAUGGGGCGACGCAAGCUACAGUGCGCCCUUGCAGUUCUACAAUGCGCAAAGUCUUUGGCUGCCGACCUGGGGAAAUGAGACAGCUCGUGGGAUGACGGUCAAGAGUGUGAAGAUGUGGAGCGAGGGUGCCUGCAAGUGAACCUGCUCAUUCCACCUACGUAAUCAGUCACGGGGUAACUACUGGCGUUUGUUUUGACUUUCCGGGCGUUCGUUUUUAUCUCGCACGGGCUGUAUGGUAAAAUUAAUUCACGAUAAACAUGAAAUUUAAAAAAUG